CACAGAUAAGUCAACCAGUAUUCGGGGCUAUAAAGCUCAACUUGUAUUAAAAGAUGAUGUCCGACCUGUUUUCCACAAAUUUUAUGAAAUCCCAUUUAGUCAAUCGGAAGAAGUGCAUCAAAUAAUCAUGAAUUUAGUAAAAUCUCAAAGACUUGAACCCGUCACCCACUCUGAAUGGGCUUCACCCAUUUGGCCAGUCAAAAAGAAAACGGGCGGAAUUCGAGUAGUUGUCGACUUCCGCAAAACAGUCAACCCUUGUCUCAGAUUAGAUCAUUACCCGUUACCUAGAUUAGAGGACAUUUGGUCCAAACUAGCAAAUUGUAACUUCUUCACCAAAAUUGAUCUCACAGAAGCAUAUUUGCAACUGAAAGUUACCGAUGAUAGUAAAGAAAUUCACACACACGUGUGA